UAUGAGCAAUCUCUUUCCGCCAGAGAGACUGUUACAACUUACAACCUUGCAAAUGGAGAGCUGAGAGAGAGAGAGAGAGAGGAGAAUGAGAACAAGGUAAGAGCUCCUAUUUAGAUCUGCACUCUUUCUAGGCUUUCUUGUUUCUGAGUUCUCUGACUCGGUUCCACUCGUGUUGAACCAGCUCGCUCUCUUUAGCUGAACUCCACGUGUAGACUGCUGCAACUGCCUUUGUUUCUUCGUGUGUACUUGCAUUUUGAUUGGGUUUCCGGCAAUAGAUCGAGCGAUCGAUUGAAUGACGGGUUUCCGGCGGGAUUUUCCGGACAUCAGGUGAGAUUCCGGGAAUUCCGGCGAUUUUUGCGGCGAAAAUGUUUAAGUCGGCGAGAUGGAGGAGCGACAAGAACAGGACCAAAGCUGUGUUCAUGUUGCAGUUCCAUGCAACUCAAGUUACCCAGUUGAAUGUGCAAGCAUUGAUGAUAUCGGUGGUCCCCGGCGAUGGCGGAAAACCAAGAACAAAAUUAGAAAAGGCGACAGUUCUAGACGGUAACUGUCGGUGGGAAAAUCCUGUUUACGAGACUGUUAAAUUUGCUCGGGAUCCAAAGACGGGGAAGAUCAAUGAAAGAAUCUACCAUUUUAUUUUAUCUACAGGAUUGGGAAAAGCAGGCUUGCUUGGGGAAGCUUCAAUUGAUUUUGCUGCUUAUGCUGAAGCAAUUAAAACUUCGACCGUUUCUCUUCCGUUAAAGAAUUCCAACUCUAAAGCAAUUUUGCAUGUCUUGAUACAGAGGCUGCAGGAAAAUGCUGAUCAAAUAGAGGUGGAAGAAAUUGAGGGUGCAAGCAUUAAAUCGCAAGACCGGAACUUGAAGGCUGAUGAACGCAUUAAGAGUGAUACUAUUGAAGAUGUGCCUUUCAGCAGAGGAUCAAAUGGAUCCGAUAUUACCAUUUCAAGUUCUGAUGGCAUCUCUGGGCUUAACACUCCAGGAGAACUUGGAAUGAGAAACAACAACAUCAAUCAGGACCCUCCUACUUAUCUGUCACCUAUGAAUAAUGCCUCAGUUACUCCCAAGCCAACCUCAAUUACCUCAACAGCAAUCUAUGAGGAGUGGUCAGCAGGUUCUGAUCUUGGAACGGGUACUGAUGACUCUAACAGUUCUCAGGACACCUUUCCACGAGAAAAUUCCCAACAUGGGUCUGAUAAUGAGACUGGAAGACUCAAGAAUGAGCUCAUUGCUUUGUCCAGACAAGUGGAUGUGUCAGAUAUGGAAUUACAGGCUCUUAGAAAACGAAUUGUAAAGGAGAGCAAAAGGGGGCAGGAUCUCUCAAGGGAAGUUGUUACAUUGAAAGGAGAGAGAGAUGCACUCAAAUUAGAGUGCGAGAAGCUGAAGACCUUUGAGAAGGUAAUGAAUGAUGCAAAAGUAAAAAGCAGGUUGCAGUUUGAGAGUGGGGACCCAUGGGUUCUUGUUGAAGAAAUCAGACAAGAGUUGAAUUAUGAGAAGGCCUUGAAUUCCAAUCUUCAUUUACAACUGCAGAAGACACAGGAAUCAAAUGCUGAGUUAAUGCUUGCUGUACAAGACCUAGAAGAAAUGUUGGAUGCAAAGAAGAUGGAGGUCCCCAAUCCUCCCAAGAAAUCAGAAUCCCAUGGUAGUCCUGAGGAAUUGGGAGUAACCAUCUCAGGAUGCCACUCAGAUGAUGAUGAUGAGCAAAGGGAAUUAGAACAGCUCGUUAAAGCGCACAAUGACAAUAGUGAAACCUCUCUCCUUGAACGAAAGAUCAUGGACCUCUACAGACAGAUAGACGACUACAAAAGAGAUAAAGAUGAGCUUGAGGCACAAAUGGAGCAGCUAGCACUUGACUAUGAGAUACUGAAGCAGGAAAACCAUGACAUGUCCUACAAAUUAGAGCAAAGCCAACUGCAAGAUCAACUACAUAUGCAGUAUGAGUGCCCGUAUUCCCUUGCUAACAUAAAUGAACUUCGGGCCCAAAUUGAGUGCUUGGAAAGUGAACUCAACAAGCAGUCAAAAGAAUUCUCUUACUCCUUAACUACCAUAAACAAACUAGAAACCCACAUCAAAAACUUGGAGGAAGAGUUAGAGAAACAGGCACAAGUAUACGAAAAGGAUCUAGAAUCUAUCAUACAAGCCAAAGUUGAUCAGGAGCAAAGAGCUAUCCGAAUUGAGGAAGCCUUGCAAAUGACAAGAUGGAAGAAUGCUAAUACAGCUGAAAGUCUGCAGGAGGAAGUUAAAAGACUCUCUAUGCAGAUGGCCUUUACAUUUGAUGCAAAUGAGAAGGCAGCUACAAAAGCUCUGACGGAAGCUAGUGAACUACGGUUGCAGAAAAAGGAGCUAGAAGAACUGCUCAAGAGAACUAAAGAAGAGCUCCAAUCGGUUACGGAAGAUUAUGAGACAAAACUCCGUAAUCUUUCUAACCAAGUAAAUUUAAAAUCAAACCAGAUAGAACAGAUGUUGGAGGAAAUUGAUGAUAAAUCCAAGCAGCUUGAACGCCAAAAGAAGCAUGAGGAAGAAGUUAGUGGGGCUUUUUUCCAGGUGAUCCACAACCUAAAAGCUGAGAUUAACAAGCUGACUACACAAAAUAAAUGCCUCCAUGAACGAGCUCAACUGGCGAAAAAGUUAGGACUGGGAUUGGAAGACACUAAAGCAUUCCCAGAAGAAAUUGAAGUGCUGAAUCAAAGAGGAAAUUUAGAAAGAAAUGAGCUGGUUGGUACAAUUGCUUUGAUGGAAAAGGAAAUAGCUAAAUCACUGGAGGAAUUGCAAAGGAUGAGGCACCAGAAGGAUAAAAAAGAAGCUGCAGCUGAAUAUGACAAAUCUCCCUUGAUACUUUGCAGUCCUACUGAGAUGACAAGCCUAAGAGACAAAAUAAUGUUGCUUGAGGGAGAAAUAAAGUUGAAGGAAACUGCUUUAGAUACAUCAACAAAUGCCUUUUUGGAAAUAGAGAAGGAUCUUCAUAAGAAAAUUGAUGAGUUAGAAGGCAGAGUAGAAGAACUCAAUGAGCACAGCACCAGUUUCUGCAAAUACCAAUUUCAAAAGACAUGUAAAGAUUCUAUGGAUACAUCAAAUGACAUUAUCUCAGUGCCUUUUGUGAAAAGCACUGAUCACAGUUUGUCGGAGAAAGAACCAAAGACAUCUAUUGUCAAUAAAGACAGUGACCGGGAUGAAUUGAUAGCUGAACUAGCAUCAUUAAAGGAAAGAAACGAAACAGUGGAGAAUGAAUUGAAGGAUAUGCAAGAACGAUAUUCCGAGAUAAGCCUCAAAUUCGCAGAGGUGGAAGGUGCACGACAACAGCUUGUGAUCACCGUGCGUUCUCUAAAAAAUGCCAAGAAAUGAUGGAAACAUGAAGGUAAUGAAAUCUUCCUACACAAAAACAGAACUUAUAGUUUGAAGUAGUAGGUUGGAUAAUCUAGGUGGUGACAAUUUCUAUUUAGGGUUGAAUAAAUUAAAUUGUACAAAAAUGGACGGUUCGUUUUUAAUUACCAAAUGUAGUCAAGUUUUUGUUUGAUUAUUCAGGUUUGAUUCUUGUUCUA